AUGGAGACGCCAUGGACGUCAUCGCCUCAACAGCUCAACUCCGUCGCAUCAUCGCUCAUCGCGGCUCCUCCGCCAUGUUCGCCCCUUCUCCCCAACGCCCUCGUUUCUCCCGAAUCCCACUGGCCGCAUUGUUUCCCCCUUGUUUCCCCUCAUCCCCGCUCAUUCACCCCACUCCCGAAAAAGGAGCCGACCACAGAGCCGACCAUGUUCGGAACCAUCCGGCAAGCGCGCAUGGCGCUGAUGCUGUUGAGCACGGAGACGACCGAUGCUCUGAUCUCUGUGGCCGAGGCCAUCGACAAGACGUCAGUGGAUGAUCCUGCUCCUCCAGCCGUCGACCCCUCCAUCACUGCAGAGGUGGCAGAUGCGCAAAAGGAGGUGGACGAAGAGCAGAAGGCGCUAAAGGCGGUGUAUUCAGCGUGA